GUAUAUGAGCGCGUGCGGCGGGCUCUGGGGUCUUUUUUAGCGCCAUCUCCUCUCGGCGCCGCCUCCAGCUCCUCCCGCUGCCGCUGCCGUCCUGAGUCACUGCCUGCGCAGCUCCGGCCGUGUGGCUCCCCGUACUAGCUGCCGGGACUGCUAAGGAGACGCAGGGGUCGGUGCGGCCUGUGGCGACCGGCGAGGCCUGUGGUGUCCGGGGACCGCGCUGGUCUGCGCUGAGGUCCUCCGUGCCCCACCGGCUUCUCCACGCGGACAGGAGGGAGGCCGCGGCGGGGCCCGGACGCCCUGAGAAGUCAGCGGCAUUGCCAUACUUGGAGUUCUUACAACAUGGCAGACAUUGACAACAAAGAACAGUCUGAACUUGAUCAAGAUUUGGAUGAUGUUGAAGAAGUAGAAGAAGAAGAAACUGGUGAAGAAACAAAAAUCAAAGCACGUCAGCUGACUGUUCAAAUGAUGCAAAAUCCUCAGAUUCUUGCAGCCCUUCAAGAAAGACUUGAUGGUCUGGUAGAAACACCAACAGGAUACAUUGAAAGCUUGCCUAGGGUAGUUAAAAGACGAGUGAAUGCCCUCAAAAACCUUCAAGUUAAAUGUGCACAGAUAGAAGCCAAAUUCUAUGAGGAAGUUCAUGAUCUUGAAAGAAAGUACGCUGUUCUCUAUCAGCCUCUAUUUGAUAAGCGAUUUGAGAUCAUCAAUGCAAUUUAUGAACCUACAGAAGAAGAAUGUGAAUGGAAACCAGAUGAGGAAGAUGAAAUUUCGGAGGAGCUGAAAGAAAAGGCCAAGAUAGAAGAAGAGAAAAAGGAUGAAGAAAAAGAAGACCCCAAAGGAAUUCCUGAAUUUUGGUUGACUGUUUUUAAGAAUGUUGACUUGCUCAGUGAUAUGGUUCAGGAACAUGAUGAACCUAUUCUGAAGCACUUGAAGGAUAUUAAAGUGAAGUUCUCCGAUGCUGGUCAGCCUAUGAGUUUUGUCUUAGAAUUUCACUUUGAACCCAAUGAGUAUUUCACAAAUGAAGUGUUGACAAAGACAUAUAGGAUGAGGUCAGAACCAGAUGAUUCUGAUCCCUUUUCUUUUGAUGGACCAGAAAUUAUGGGUUGUACAGGGUGUCAGAUAGAUUGGAAAAAAGGAAAGAAUGUCACUUUGAAAACCAUUAAAAAGAAGCAGAAACACAAGGGACGUGGGACAGUUCGUACUGUGACUAAAACUGUCUCCAAUGACUCUUUCUUUAAUUUUUUUGCUCCUCCUGAAGUUCCUGAGAGUGGAGAUCUGGAUGAUGAUGCUGAAGCUAUCCUUGCUGCAGACUUUGAGAUUGGCCACUUUUUACGUGAGCGUAUAAUCCCAAGAUCAGUGUUAUACUUUACUGGAGAAGCUAUUGAAGAUGAUGAUGAUGAUUAUGAUGAAGAAGGUGAAGAAGCAGAUGAGGAAGGGGAAGAAGAAGGAGACGAGGAAAAUGAUGCAGACUAUGACCCCAAGAAGGAACAAAAUCCAGCAGAGUGCAAGCAGCAGUGAAGCAGGAUGUGUGUGGCCUUGAGGAUAACCUGCACUGGUCUACCUUCUGCUUCCCUGGAAAGGAUGAAUUUACAUCAUUUGACAAGCCUAUUUCAAGUUUUUCGUUGUUUGUUUGCUUGCUUGUUUUUGUUUUUGCAGCCUAAAAUAAAAAUGUCAAGUACAAUUUUAGUUUUCCAAGAUAAUGUCUUAAUUUUGUAUUAAUUUAGGUAGAGGCAGAGGCCUAGUUCACCAUAUGAACUAGGUUGUGGCCAGUUUACCAUAUUGAAGAAAAGGGUGCCAACUUUGGAAGAUGGUCCCACAUCUAAUAAGUUUGUUUCAAAAAAAGACAAAACUUUAAAUGAUGUACUUGUUUAGAAGAAGGAUCAAAAAGUUAAAUUUCAUUUCCUUUGGUUUAAAACUAGAGGAGGCCACAAGUUUCUGAUUUAUUCUUAUUGCAAGUAUGAGUAUGUCAUAUACCCAUUCUUCUGUUCACUAUGUAUUAAAAUGGGUAAUACUGUUUACUUAACUACCUCACAGAUAAUGUUGAGGCAUACUAAGUUCAGUUUUGUGAAAUGUUUGCACAGUCUCAUUGAAAGCUAAAAAAUUUGGACCUAUUUAGUAUACCACAGAUAUGAUAAUUCAGCAUCUUUCUUAUAACAGGGUUUGAUAAUUCUAAACUGGAAAACAGUACCUCUGUUCUGGAUUUUGACAGGCAGCACUCUUACAGGUCUUUGUGUGGCUACUAUCUUAAUAGAAAUGAAUGGAUGAGCAACUAUUUCAAAAGGUUCAAGGAUUGAUUUUUCAGGUAUUUUAUAUGACCAUAAUGUAGUAAAUAACUGCUUUUAGUCAUGGGACUGCAGUGGAAAUAAGACCAUUUUUGAAAAGAAAACUUGCCAUUAAAUUUGAGAGUAGAGCUGCACUUUAAAUACCUCAGGCUAAUUACUGUUAAUGUUUUGUGAUGAACUUAAAAGCUUUGACAGUGAGAGUGGACCAGUCUAGAGGAAGGAAGGCCAAGAGUUCCUGCUCUUAAUAAAAUUACAAUGGUUAAUUCUUAUAAGUUUCCUUUUUGAAAUUUUAGUAUUGAGGUCUCAUAAUGUGAAUGCGUUUUUCUGUUGUAUAGUUUUGCUUAUUUCUCUCCUGAGAUUUUAAUUAACUACUGGAAAUCCUUAACCAAUUGCAAUAGCUUGUAGGGAAGAAAAUGCCAUGAAAACACCUUUUUUUCCCUGUUUAUUUUCAAAUUGGUUUUGGUUGCUUAGAUUAGACAUCUGUGCUGAGUUUUGUUUUGUUGCGUUUUUUUUUUUUUUCUUGUACCCAUAGCUCUCAUCUUCAUAGCUUUUACUGAACUUACACAUUUUUUUAAUCUAAAGAUAGAAUCCCAUUUUAAAAUAAACUUAAGUAGCAAAACCACUACUUUUUUUUUUUCCUUUAUUCCUUUAGGAAAUAGCUAUUGCCAAAGUGAAGUAGUAGAUAAUAAUUAAUCUUGUUACAAAAGGGACAGAUGGUUUGCAGAGGAAUUGUUUUCUUAAUAAAGUUAGUUUCAAGGGAUGUCAGUAUUCAUCUGUGCCCUUUCUCUGAUUCCAAAAUGGCUCAAUUUCAUUCUAGAAAUUUGAAAAUAAAAUGUAAUUUGAAAUCCUUAAUAAAAUUUGGAUUUUAUUGUAUAAAA